AGGAGGAAAGCGGCGGUUGGCCGUUGGCGGCGGGCGCGAAGGCGACGCGCGUUUUGAACAAAGCGGCGGCAGAGCUGAGCGAGUCGGGAGGCCGCGCGCGGGGCGUGAGUUGAGUCGCAGCCCCGCUCCGAGAACAAGGCGACCUGGACACGGACCCUUGUUCGCUGCCGGGAGACAGGAUCGGGUUUGCAGCCGCGGCGUCCCUUGAAUCAUGGCCCAGGAAAAAGGUGAUGAUGAACUGGCAAAACUUGCAGAACACAUGAAGGAAUUAUGGACUAAGUUCAAAACCACUUGUAGCAAUGAGAAGAUUGACCAGACGCUGAGGCUGAGUGAUUUAUGCAUGGAGUCUUUAUGCAAACUUUCAGAUAAAUGGUCGAACAGAUUAAUAGAUGGGGACAAGAUGAUCACUAAAUUUCAUGAGUACACAGAUGAAGCCUGUCAGAAGAACAAAUCCAUUGAGGAAAAACAAGAGAAAUUAUCCGAAGUACUUGCUGACCUUAAGGAUGGCAGAAAGGAAGAGGCAGACUUGAUGGCUACUAUUCAAGAGCUCAGAGAAGAAUUGAUCAUAAAAAGUAAAAUUAAAAGCAAGCCCCCAGAAGAAAUCAUGGAAAGACUUCAUAAGUCUGAAAAACUAUUUAAAGAGCGGCUUGGGUUAGAAAUACGCAAAACUGGUGCAAGUCAUUUGCAGUUUAUAUUCCGUUGUGUUGACCACAAAGAUCUUGAGAAACCAUACAUACUUACCCUUACCAUAAAUGAAGAGGGAGCUUAUGAAGGGAAAAUUAUUUGCUUCUGGACAGAAAAAGUACCAUACUGUAUAACUGUAUGUGCGUAUUUCUAGAACCUGACAGCCCCAUUUCCCACCAUCAUGAUAAAUUUGAAGGACUGGAGGGUGGCAAGCACUCAGAAGAUGCAGAGCCUCACCACGGAGGAACGGGGAAGAAUAAUCCUAUUAUUAUUCUUUAGAAGACAUUUGAAGGAAGCCCUGUCUGUAUAGGGAAGCCUUUUAAUGUUUUAUUAUGUCAGAUGGGUGGGGUACAAAUAAUAAAAUCAUCUUUAUCAUCAUUACUAACACAAUAUUUGAGCCCCCAGAAGGCUCAGCUGCUUUUUAUGUUUUUAAUUUGUACCAAAACUGUGAGAGACAUCUUACUAGCUAGAAACCUUUCACUUGCUCCUCAGCUUUCUACUGUUACAGUGGUACCUCGGUUUUCAAACGUAAUCCGUUCUGGAAGACUGUUCUGAGUUCUGAAACGUUUGAAAACCAAGAACUCAAUAGCCAACAGCUAGGCCUCAGAAUCUUGCACUCAGUUGUGUGGCAUGUUCAACUUCUGAGGCAUGUUCAAAAACUGAAGCAUUUACUUUCAGGUUUACAGUGUUCCAAAACCGAAAUGUUCGUCAAUGGAGACGUUAAAAAACCGAGGUACUACUGCACCAGAAUGGCGGCCAUUUUGCCAACUACUGUAUGUGAUUAUGAGAGAGAAGAGAACCCUAGACUUCACAUGCUGAUCCUGCAAUGGAUUGUGUUCUUACCUGGUGGACAACUCCUGUUAAUUCCUUCUUCACUGGUGGCCCCUGUGCUCAAAGUUUGCUUAAAAUGUUUCUUCUUAACAGGGCGGGUGAUUGCCACAGAGUGAUGCACACAGUCCUAACAAUUUUGGGGGAAAGAAAAAAAACAUUGUUAACAGAAGAAAUGCUAAAAAUUGAAUUGUUUUGGGCAAAAGUACUGUACCUAAAGGCACGUGAAAAUAAAUAUACUUGAACAAAGCAGGGGUGCAGUUUGCACAUAAUGCUAAGCCAAACUAUAGCUAAAUGUAAACAUGUAAGCAUUUGCAUACUCUGAACAAAUGUUGGCUAUUUCACUCUUCCCCAAUUGCUAAGAUAUGCUUUGAUAGUCUCCCCCUCCAUAUGUUAUGGUGGUUACUUCAGAGAAACCCCAGACAAACAGUUAUAAAUUCUUACAUGAAGCAGCUUUCCACAGGAUUCUGUUCAUAAUAAGUCUGCAUCUUUACAAGUAACACUCAUAAACUAUAUCCCUUAUCACUUU